AACACAUGUACAGGGUGGCUCACACAACGACCAUCAACAACAUUGACCUGCCAUACUACGAAUGUGUGCGUGGGAGCAACAACCUGGAGGGAUUCCACAAAUCGCUGCCAAGCAAAAUUCCUGGUCCACACUGUGCAGCACGGCCUUAUCAGGUUUACCUGAUCAGUGGCAAUGCGAGCUGGAACGCAGACCGUCGCUCUCAAGCUGUGUUUGGUGUUAAAGGACAGCGACUCAGCACCUACUCUGAGCCCCUUAUGGCUCGCCUCAACAACAACUAUCGGCUCCUGUUUGGAGAGCCUGUGGACAUAAACUUUCACGCUCCUGCUGAUGUCACCUCUGCUGAGCUGCUCCGGCUGGAAUACCUCUUCAGCCAGAGUACAGGGGAAUCUGCCCCCUUCUCCUUUAAGGACAUCAUGGUCCUGAUCCUGAUGAGGAGGUGGUUGAACCUGGGCAACCGGAACCAGACGAGGCUUAUGAGAGCGACCCAGAGAACUCUGGUGACAUCCUGGUUUCUGCUCCGCCUCACAUCAUGCUCACCAGUGCAGAGACAGCGAACGUUCAACCUCCAGCCUUUGAAGAUGUCUGUGGUCCCAGCCCCCUUCCUGGGUAUCAGCAGCUGGAGAAAUUCUGUUCGGUGCUGAUCGACGUUGGUCUGACUGACGAAAAGUUGUCGCUCAGCACCCAGCAGAGAAACAGCAUCCUGGAGGCGUGGAAUGAAGUGGAGGAGCUGGGAUCCCUCUGCCAAAAAUAAACGUGAAAUCAGUUCGGGACUUCAUACAGCGGCAGGAGCGGAUCCUCAACACAAAUGCCACCCUGCAGCCCUCCUCCAUCAUAAAUAAACUGCAGUCCAUUUCCUCAGCAGACCUUCCUCCAGCACCUCAUCAGCCUGCUGUCCUCCCUAUACCAGCCUACCCACAGAUAACAUAUGAGCCCACACCCAGCACAGCAGGAACUAAAAUUCUAAAAGGCAGGACCGGUUUAAUAAUGCCCACCAACCCCCCUUCACAGCAGACUCCACAUAUUGAUAAACCUGUCACCUCAACCAUCUCCACACCUUUACCUGGGCCUUCUCCAUCUUCCUCCUGCUUCUCUGUAGCCUCCUCCUCCACAGCCUCUGACAUGGCAGGCCCCUCCCCGCACCACACUACCGCUGCCCAGCAGGUGAUCCCUGAUGUCUCUUCAGCUGGCACAGCUAAAGAGCCAAACUGGUCAAAAGCCACGCUGUACAAGCGGAAGUUAAAGGAAGAUCUCACAGUAAUCGGAUUGAAGAUGCACAAAGUGGACAAGUUGCCCCUUACAGGGCCAUAAAAAAUAUAAAAAGAAGUCAUUCUGCCCAAUAAAGAUGAUGUCAUCAUCUAAAGGUCUGGAUCCCAGAGUAUAUGACAGUUAUGAACAUUUUAUCUCUGUUGUGGAUGAGCUAGAGCACUGACUUUGCAAUUAGUUUGCAGUAUAUUAGUAUUUUAAUGUAUAUAGUUUUUAUUGUUCAAUUUCAAACAUGUUUAAAGUAGUAUUUAUGGUUAUUCUUUGUAAAUAUUUCACAAACCAUUUUACUAUUACUUUUGUUUAUUUUUAUACUAUUUCAAGCAAAUUUACAUAGUUCUUUAUUGUAAAUAUUUCCUGACUUAUUUAAUAGUACGUUCCCUGUAUUUAUUUACAUGCCUUUUAUACUUUAAACAUAUUUUUUGAUACUACUUAAAGCUGCUGCCCUGUAUAUUUCCCUUGUUGUAUGCAUCAGGCUUUGAUGUUUCGUUAUGUUAUAUAAUGUUAAAGCUCUGGUAAAGAGUGGAAUUGUUUUGAAAACACUGUUUAAUAAAGUCAUUCAUU